AAAAGAUCAAGCUGAAGCACAAGUUCUGGAAGUUCAGAAAACCGUACGAUUGAAUUGAAGAAGUUUCAAAGAAAAGGAUCGUGCAUCACGCACUCACAUUUCAACUUGUUCCACCAACCACUUUCCAAAGAAAAAUAUCAAGAAUCAAUUUCCAUCCCAAUUAUUUUGCGGUGAAUCACUAUCUACCUUUCGUUUUGGUGGACUUAUUUGGAAUUUUAAGGAGUGUGAUGUCGUUUAGGGUUAAAAUGGGGUUUGAGUCUGUGCACUGAUGUCAUUGUUUUGGAUUGUGAUUCGUCAACUUGCAGAAAUUGAGGCAAUGGCGGCAUCAAAGAAAGUGAUAACAAGGGAAGAUUGGGAGAAGAAGCUUAAUAAUGUCAAGAUUAGGAAAGAAGACAUGAAUAAAUUGGUUAUGAAUUUCCUUGUCACUGAGGGUUAUGUUGAAGCUGCUGAGAAAUUCCGCAAGGAGUCUGGAACUGAGCCUGACAUAGAUCUUGCUACGAUUACCGAUCGGAUGGCUGUUAAGAAGGCAGUACAAAGUGGUAAUGUUGAGGAUGCAAUCGAGAAAGUCAAUGACUUAAAUCCUGAGAUACUAGACACGAACCCCCAAUUAUUUUUCCAUCUUCAACAGCAACGGUUGAUCGAACUAAUCAGGAAUGGAAAAGUAGAAGAAGCUUUAGAAUUUGCACAGGAGGAGCUUGCACCAAGGGGAGAGGAAAAUCAAAGCUUUUUGGAAGAAUUGGAGAGGACUGUUGCACUGCUUGCCUUUGAAGAUGUUUCUAAUUGUCCUGUUGGAGAGCUUCUCGACAUAUCACAGCGUCUAAAAACAGCAAGCGAGGUGAAUGCAGCUAUACUUACAAGCCAGAGUCAUGAAAAAGACCCAAAACUUCCAAGCUUGUUGAAGAUGCUGUUAUGGGCCCAAAACCAGCUGGAUGAGAAAGCUACUUAUCCUCGCAUAAAAGAUCUAUCCACGGCUGCAUUAGAAGAUCCUGUUUAAAUUCUUGUAACAUUUUAAAUUCAGUUUGGAGAAUUUUAGGUUCUAGAUGAAGUGAUUGUGGUCAUUGGUGUUAAAAAUUGUGUAUUACUUUGAUCGAAAGAUGUUUGAUAACAUUGAUGUUCGUUUUAUCCUAGAUAGCUGCUCCAGUGGUUUAUACCGUUGUACAAAAAGAUUGUCAAUACAGUUAUUAUCCAUUCAUUUUAUCUUCAAGUUACCGAUUAUUAACA